CCUGGGCCGCCGGCCGAGGGCAGAGAGGCGGCCAGGGACUGGGCCCCGCGAGCGGACGCCCCCCGCCCGGGCCAGCCAGCCUGCACGACCCGCAGAGCUCAGACGCUAGACCGGGGCGCUGGUCUGCCACCAAGUGCCCAGAGACUACCCCGCCGCCCGGGCCGCCUAAGGGACCCGGAGACUGUCCCAGGACCGGCAAGAGUGGGCAGAAUGGCGGGGGAGCUCUCCCAGCCUCCCAAUGGCAGCUGGCCCCCAAGUCACAAUAACAGCAAUGCUGAGGCUGCCCUGGCUGUGAACCUCACCUUCUCCUCCUAUUACCAGCAUUCCUCUCCUGUGGCAGCCAUGUUCAUUGUGGCCUACGUGCUCAUCUUCCUCCUCUGCAUGGUGGGCAAUGCCCUGGUCUGCUUCAUCGUGCUGAAGAACCGGCACAUGCGCACUGUCACCAACAUGUUCAUCCUCAACCUGGCCGUCAGCGACCUGUUGGUGGGCAUCUUUUGCAUGCCUACCACCCUCGUGGACAACCUCAUCACUGGAUGGCCCUUCGACAAUGCCACGUGCAAGAUGAGCGGCUUGGUGCAGGGCAUGUCUGUGUCAGCUUCUGUUUUCACGCUGGUGGCCAUUGCUGUGGAAAGGUUCCGCGGCAUCGUGCACCCUUUCCGCGAGAAGCUGACGCUGCGGAAGGCGUUGGUCACCAUCGCGGUCAUCUGGGUCCUGGCCCUGCUCAUCAUGUGUCCGUCGGCCGUGACGCUGACGGUCACCCGUGAGGAGCACCACUUCAUGGUGGACGCCCGCAACCGCUCCUACCCGCUCUACUCGUGCUGGGAGGCCUGGCCCGAGAAGGGCAUGCGCAGGGUCUACACCACCGUGCUCUUCUCGCACAUCUACCUGGCGCCGCUGGCGCUCAUCGUGGUCAUGUACGCGCGCAUCGCGCGCAAGCUGUGCCAGGCGCCGGGCCCCGCGCAGGACGGCGAGGAGGCGGCGGCUGCCGGCCGGCGCGCGGCGCGGCGCAGGGCCCGCGUGGUGCACAUGCUGGUCAUGGUGGCGCUCUUCUUCACGCUGUCCUGGCUGCCGCUCUGGGCGCUGCUGCUGCUCAUCGACUACGGGCAGCUCAGCGCGCCGCAGCUGCACCUGGUCACCGUCUACGCCUUCCCCUUCGCCCACUGGCUGGCCUUCUUCAACAGCAGCGCCAACCCCAUCAUCUACGGCUACUUCAACGAGAACUUCCGCCGCGGCUUCCAGGCCGCCUUCCGCGCCCAGCUCUGCCGGCUGCCGCGGGGCGGCCACAAGCAGGCCUACUCCGAGCGGCCCGGCGGGCUCCUACGCAGGCGAGUCUUCGUGGAGGUGCAGCCCAGCGACUCGGGCCUGCCCUCCGAGUCAGGCCCCAGCAGCGGGAUCUCCAAGCCCGGCCGCCCCCCGCUGCGGAAUGGGCGGGUGGCCCACCGUAGUUUGCCCGCCGCCGAGGGUCCUGGCUGCUCCCAUCUGCCCCUCACCAUGGCGGCCUGGGACAUCUGAGGUGGUCCAGGGAGGGCAGGCUCGAUCGGUCACGUGACACCUGGACGCUAGCAGCCUGGUGUGGAGUCAGAGGAGGAUGCAUGGUGCCUCCCUCUCUAAUACAAGGCAGUGGGCAGCUGCUGGGGAUGCCUUCACCCUCAGAUAGAGGCAGGUGAGGGGGCAGCCUGUGUGUGGUAGCCCUUCUAGGUGGUAGACUUGACAAACGUCAUCUCAUUGGA